AUGGAUAGAUUGAUAGUCUUAGAGCGCAGUUUGCAGUCAUGGGUCGGACCCGUCUCUAUAGUAAUCUUUAUUCCCGUUAAGAAUCGUGAAGAAGGCAUACAAGAGUGGCACAGGCUUUAUAUAUCAAAAAAGUUACGAAACUUGAAUCUAACGAAUGAAAGUCACGUGAAUCUAGUGUCAGGACUCGAAAGCGAUGACUAUCCCAUCAAUUCGUUGAGAAAUGUCGCUAUAAAACACGUUAAGACAAAGUUUAUGUUCAUAUCUGACGCAGACUUUCAGCCCUGUCCUGACUUUGGCACCAGAUUUAUGUCAGUCGUUCACAAACAUGACUUCCCUUCGAGAACAGCAUUCGUUGUGCCGGCCUUUGAAUACAUAGAGAGCCCUCAAAGAGAAGACCCGAUUCCUAAAACAAAAGAGGAAUUCAUGCAAUUAAUACACAGAGAGGAGCCAAUGGUUCAACCAUUCCGUCUGUUGGAGUCGUCAGACGCGCACCGAUUGACAAACUAUUGGAAAUGGUAUUACGAAACCAAUGCCUACCCAGUGAUGGGCUUUCUUGACAAAUACGAGCCCUAUAUAGUCGCCGAGUAA